AUGAACAAAUGGACCCAAGAACUAGUCAACCAAGAUCCGACACGCACCUCAAACCCCAAACCCACACCAACGCGCCUCCCCAUCAUCAUCAACAUCUCCAUCCCCAACACCCCGAGCCCCCGUCGCCGCCCACAACACAGCUACAGGACAGUCAUCCAUCCGCGCGCACGCAUCUACUCCUACGACGGACCCGUCAUCAUCGGCGAAGGCUGCAUAAUCAGCGAAAAGAGCACAAUCGGCAUCCCGCCGAGCACGCCACCUUCUCUCCCUCCCACGCCGAAAGAAGUGGUUACAACACGGAUAUCGAACGGAGUGACGAUCGGCCCGCUCGUGACCGUCUUCCCAGGCGCUCACAUCCACUCCUUCGUUACGGUCGAGUCGCUAGCCAUCAUCAACCGGCGGGUGUCUCUUGGUGCACAUUCAAAAGUCUGUUCGGGCUGUGAGAUUGCGGCAAAUACGGUCAUAAGAGACUGGACUGUGGUUUGGGGCUCGGGGGCUGGGUCCUCUCAGCGGCGGAAACGGGCUACGGGGAAGAUGAGCUCGUCUGUUGCAGUUGGGCAGGACGUGUCGGCGCUGGACGCCAAGGUGGUUGAAGAUGCGCGGUUGAUUAUAUUACAAAAGGAGAGAGAGGUAGUGGCCAGGCUCAUUGGGUCAUCUGCAUCUGCUGGGGGCAGGAGGAAAUGAUGCUGCUGGUCCUUUGGCUUGGGCAUGGCGUUGACUGUCAAUUGCUCGAAGGAGAAAGACAUAUAGAGCGGCUCAUUCUGAACAAAACAGUACAUUGGACUUGAGCGAAACUACUGCACAUACCAUGCUAUGAGCGCCAAGGGUGCGUUAUGAUGAUAUGAUCCUGUCUUUAUGUUUGUUAUAUACCCCAGAUCAUACACAUAAGUUGCACAUCCACUCUACAGACAAUAGUUAAUGAGGGGC